AUUUUUUUUAGUGGUGUGAAAUACGGUAAGCUCAGGUUUUUUGUAUAUACUUUCGGUUUAUGUGUAUUAACAGCUGAUCGCUUUGUUUAUAAACUGCGUAAGACGAAAAUAGUUAUUAUUAAUAAAAUUUUAAAAUGAGUUCACCCUCCACUAAAUCGAACAAUGACACAGUGUCCAAUAAACAAAGAAAGUCCUCGAAAAAUAGUUCGAAUUCUAAAUCGACAAAUUUAGAUACUCGAGCAGAGUUAGCAGAUCUCAUAAAGAAAAAGGCGGAAACAUCCGAGCAAUUGGCAAAUUUGGAAAGGCAAAUAUAUGCUUUUGAAGGUUCCUACCUAGAAGAUACUCAAUUAUGUGGGAAUAUUAUAAGAGGCUGGGAAAGAUAUUUAACUUCCAAUAAGGCAACAAACUCUAAAGCAGACAAGCGUAAUCGAAAGUUUAAAGAAGCGGAACGAUUGUUUUCAAAAUCUAGCAUUACGUCGAUGGCAAUAUGUAACCCCGAACGAGCUAGUGAGUCUGAUUCAGUGACGAAUGAAGACUCUAGCGAUAAUCAGAUAACUUUAAAUCAAAACACAACCACAGUGCAUGACGGAACCACCUGUAUUAAAAGUUCUGGUAAAGAUGAUAAAUCGGAACGGGCUGCUACACCACAGCGUGACAUUAGCAAAGAGCCAGGGACUCCAAGCGCGACUUCAACUAAAAGUAAAUUGCCUUCCAGCUCAAGUAUAACUCCGAAGAAAAGUGGACACAUCAAUAAAAAAAUACGUCACCGAUGAUUUAAGGGUAGAUGACGGCUUAGAAAUACAUAUUGAAAAACUGAAGUCGUACCUAUUGAGACCUCUAAUAGUAAUCCGCUAAAUUUUUA